AUGGAUCCUCAAGCAGUCAUCGGGUUUUCCUUCAGACUUCCACAAGGUAUUACAGAUGAUGCGACUCUGUGGGAUGCCCUCCUAUCUCGACGGAAUCUGGCUACAGAGUGGCCCGCGGACAGGGCGCAAAUUGAGUCUUUCUACGAUGGGAAGCAAGAGAUGCCAAAUCGGCUUCCCACACGCUUAGGCCAUUUCCUAAGUCAGGAUAUAGCUGCAUUUGAUGCACCCUUCUUCUCCAUUACAUCCCAAGAAGCCGUGGCCAUGGAUCCGCAACAACGAUGGAUUUUGGAGACUACAUAUCACGCAUUUGAGAAUGCCGGCCUUUCAAUGGAAAGCCUCCAGGGAUCUCGGACGGGUGUUUUCGCUGGCUCGAUGGCCGAUGACUUCACAAGACUACUCGCCAAGGAUCCUGACACCAUGCCGCGCACUGCAAUCACGGGGACAUCACCAUCGCUCUUGGCAAACAAAGUCAGUUGGUUCUACAACCUUACUGGCCCAAGUAUGCAUGUCGACUCAGCUUGCUCUAGCAGUCUUACGGCUUUAGACCUUGCGUGUCAAGCUCUACGCAAUGGUAGUGCGUCACAGGCUGUAGUGAUUGGAUCCAGUGUCAUGCUAAGCCCGGAAAGCUCUACUCUUUUAUCCAACAUGUCGUUCUUGUCCCCCGACGGUGUUUCAUACAGCUUUGACCAUCGCGCCAAUGGAUAUGCUAGAGGGGAAGGUAUCAUUGCCAUGAUCAUUAAACCAGUAACGAAUGCGGUCGAAGAUGGAGAUGUUAUUCGAGCUGUAAUCCGUGCAACGCUUUCUAAUCAGGAUGGUCGCACCCCGGGUCUUACGCAACCCAGCUCCGAUUCCCAGGAAAAAUUGAUUCGUGAAGUAUAUCGCCGAGCAGAUCUGAAAUUCGACUCCACUCGUUAUGUCGAGGCUCACGGAACCGGAACUCCCAUUGGUGAUCCGACUGAAAUGGAAGCAAUCAGAAAGGUCUUCGGAGCCUAUCGUUCUGCCAAGUCUCCACUUUAUGUGGGCUCCGUGAAACCAAACAUAGGCCAUUUGGAGGGAGGGAGUGGCCUUGCGGGAAUAAUAAAGUCAAUAUUGGUACUUGAAAAGGGAAUUAUACCGCCUAACGCUCUUUUUGAGUAUUCCAAUCCAAAUAUCGAUUGCGACUCUGCAUCUCUAAUAGUACCAGAUACGAGUGUGAGUUGGCCGUCGAACAGCCUCCGCCGUGUCUCUGUGAACUCAUUCGGCUUUGGCGGAUCGAAUUGCCAUAUCAUCCUCGAUGACUCGUACCAUUACCUGCUGCGGCGCUCCCUAAUAGGUCUACAUAAUUGCUGCCUAUUGACGACAACAGAGAGUCAGGAGUAUCGUCAAGGUUAUGUGCAGUCUAUGAGUGAGACAUCUUCGACUCCGUUCACUCCUCGGGUCAAUCAGAUAAGUGCUGUUCUUGAUCAACCGGAUCCUCAGUCUAAAGAGCAGGGAGAAAGUGGGUUUGAUUCGCGGCCAACCCAUCUACUGGUCUGGUCAGCCCAUGACGAAGGCGCCAUGGCUCGUACAAUUCAAAACUACGAGAGAUAUUACGCACAAGGUCUCCCGUAUUCAAUCGCAGACUUGAGUUGUCUUGCGUAUACCUUAGCAGCUCGGCGGACUCUGAUGACCUGGCGUGCCUUUGCCGUAAUUGGGGAGUCGAAAAAUUCCCCCUCGAACAAAGUAGCUGCCAAACCCAGACCUAUCCGAGCAUCCAAUCGAGUGAGCUUAGCAAUGGUCUUCACUGGACAGGGCGCUCAAUAUGCACGAAUGGGACUGGAACUUCUGUCAUACCCUGCUUUCGACGAUACUCUCCGGCAGGCUGACAGUACAUUGAAGGACCUGGGAUGUGAAUGGUCCAUCUACGAUGAAUUAAACAACCGUGAGAACAUCCAUCUACCUCAGUAUGGCCAACCACUAUGCACUGCCAUCCAGCUAGCAUUACUAUCACUAUUAGCCAGCCUAGGCAUAAUCCCUACAGCCGUUAUCGGACAUUCAUCUGGGGAAAUUGCUGCUGCGUAUGCCACUGGAGCAUUGACCCUACAGUCAGCGAUGAAAGUAGCCUUUUAUCGCGGUUCUUUGGUAGGCAAGUUGAUGGCAGAGAAAGCGCAGAAAUCGGGAAUGAUGUCGGUCAACUUGUCCGAGGGCUCUCUGCAAUCCUACCUGCAGAACAAGUCUUACGUGACUCUUGGCGGUAACAUUCACAUUGCCUGUAUCAACAGCCCUCUCAAUGUUACUAUUUCAGGCGAUGAGGGUGUGCUUGAUACACUCAGGAUUGAUCUUGAGUCGGAUGAAAUCUUUACUGCAAAGCUAAACACAGGAGUAGCCUAUCAUUCACCUGCGAUGGACGAAAUUGGCCCAAUGUAUCUGGCAGCCCUCGGUUCUCUAGAUCGAGACACGUCCGCAAGUGACAAGGUGAUUAUGAUUUCGUCUGUUACAGGACAGGCUAUCCACUCAGACAGACUCUCUGAAAGUCAGUAUUGGGUUGAAAAUCUAGUUUCGCCCGUCAGAUUCUCAGAGGCGGUCUCAAAUAUUCUCAUAGAUGUAUCAGAUCAGCGAUUGAAAACCAGCCAUAUUACCGACAUUAUUGAGAUUGGCCCUCACUCUGCUUUGCAACGUCCGAUCAAGGACAUCCUAACUCAAGGAAUUCCAGACACAAAGCGACCUAGAUAUCACUCUGUCCUGCAUAAAUCCAAGUCGGCUAUGUUGACGGUCCUCUCUGUAUUAGGCGAGCUCUUUUGUCUCGGCCAUCCGGUAUCAAUCAACAAAGUGAAUCAAUAUCAGGCCGCUCCAGCCUGCAAAAAGAGACCAGUGCCAUUUUUGAUCGACUACCCAAAAUAUCCUUUUGACCAUUCCCACAGAUACUGGAGAGAGUCAAGAUUGGCUCGAGACUUUAGACUCCGUGCGCCAGUCCCAAGCGACACCCUCGGGUCACGCGUCCAUGAUUGGAACCCUCUAGAACCUAGAUGGAGAAAUCUCCUAAGUACGGAAUCAAUGCCAUGGAUUGCUGAUCAUAGAAUAACUGAAACUGCCAUUUUUCCGGGCGCCGGAAUGCUGGUAAUGGCCACCGAAGCCGUGAAACAGGUGGCAUAUACUGACCGCGAACUCUUCGGCUACUACAUUGAGGAGGCCCACUUCCUCAAUCCACUAAUAGUGAAUGAGUCUGUGGCAGAUGCGACGGAGUCUCUGGUCCACCUCCGACGUCUACAGGAGCCUUUUGAGAAAGAAUCAACAAGAUUUGAGGUAAUCAUAUACGCUUAUUAUCAACAGCGUUGGAGUCGUUGCUUCCGAGCGACGAUCCAGGCCCAAUAUGAGGAGCUCGACUCCCAGACUGGCAUGAGUACCGAAAGAAAACUUCAGAUUGAACACGUACGCCAGAAACACCAUAAUGUACUGCAAUCAUGUGUUGAGGACAUCGGCUCUCGAAAAUUCUACAGCUAUUGUAAGAACCACGGUUUCAAUUACGGGGACUCAUUCCAGCUGUUGGAUGACAUGCGGUGGAACGGAAAGGAUUUGGCCGCUGCUCGAAUCACAAGAACAUCAUCGAAUUCCCAGGUACAAAGUCUCGUCCACCCUACCAUUCUUGAUGCCGGAUUUCACCUUAGUCUUGUACAAGUCUCACAUGGUCUUUCUCAACCAAUAGCGACCAUGGUGCCAUAUCAACUGUUCAACACUUGGAUAUCAGCAAAGCAUUGGGACGAUUCGUUGCCUCUACAAGUAUCAUCGGCUGUGACCGAUACUACUAGCGCACAUGCAGAAGUCUCCAUCUCGAUCAUCUCGGCCAACGGCAACCCAUUGAGCACCGUUGGCCGGCUAGUGAUUUCAGCGGUCUCCAGUAAUAACACUGUGGAAAGAAAGAGCAAGAAUGACGGAUUGAUACACCGAAUCGAGUGGAUGCCACUGUUGAGUUUACAGACUCCACACGAAUUGAGUAGCCUUUGUUGCAACGAUUCGGAUAUUCAAAAGGAGACAGAGAUGAUAAAGUUUUAUUGCAGGCUCAAGUCAGCAUUAACCCAGGCAGCUCGUAGUGUCCUAGAGAGUUUAUCUGAAGCCGAUAUCAGAAGAGCACCAACUCACCUUCAGAAGCUUAUCGCCUCCCUACAACACCAGAUUAAAGAUUUCCAAACCCAGGGAUCAACCCUUCCGGGUAACAGCGAGGUGGAAAAUAUCUUUAGCCAGACGGAAAGCGAGAAUCCAGGAUGGCGGAUCUUUCCAGUCGUCGCUCGCAAUCUCAAGGCAAUUCUUCUUGGCAAGACAGAUGCCUUGGACAUUGUGUAUUCGACAGGUCUCGCCGAUUCUUUCUACAGAAGCAUAUUCGAUCACAUAUGCGACGAACGCUUCCAUAGAUUCAUGGAACUUCUUACUCACGAAAAUCCAAGUCUGAAGAUCAUUGAAGCAGGGGCAGGAACGGGAGGCAUGACGCGCCACAUUUUAUCUUCCUUACAUGAACUUGAACACAAAACUGGAACGACCAGAUACGGCGAGUAUAUGUACACCGACAUUUCUCCGAGCUUCUUUGAAAAUGCUCGAGCAGAAUUUGAUGGGCAUAGAAUCUCAUUUCGAACAUUGGAUGUGGAAACCGACGCGUCUCAGCAAGGCCUUGAAAAUGGCACCUAUGAUCUUGUAAUCGCUGGUGGCGUGAUUCACGCGACUAAGAACCUCGAUUCAACCCUACGAAAUGUUCGCAGGCUGCUCAAGCCUGGUGGCCAUCUUCUUCUCGUCGAAAUUAUAGCUCCUGAAAGUAUCCAUGCAAAUAUCGGUUUUGGUGUACUUCCUGGCUGGUGGCUCAGCGAGGAGGAAUAUCGCGCUUACAGUCCCGCCAUAACGGAGAAGCAGUGGGAUGAUGCACUUAGACGGACUGGGUUCUCCGGAAAUGACUUAGCUCUCAGGGACUAUCAAAACGACGCAUGCCAUUUCUCUAGUCUUUUGGUAUCGACGGCCAUCAGGCAGCCUCCAGCCGAACAGGAGCGAUUUAAACUCGUCUUACUGGUUAACGCCGCAGAUAUGGAACAAUUGUGUUUAGCGGAGAAACUCUCUCAGAAGUUCGGUUCCGCAAAGACUCUGCCAUUGAGCGAUAUACACCAAGCAAACUUGACUGCCGAGGAAGUCGUAAUUUCCUUAGUUGAAGUUACAGCUCCCUUCCUAGCUGGAGUGCGCGAGGCGGACUUUAUUGCCGUCCAACAGCUCAUCCGAAAGGUAACAAAUCUUUGUUGGGUCACAUCAACGUGGCCAGAACAUGCGAAUUACCCGCAUUACAGCGCCAUUACGGGCUUACUAAGGACUGUGAGGGCGGAAGCAAUCGAAAAAAGGAUCAUCUCAUUAUCCAUUGAGUCGGUGCCCGGGAACCAAUUUGAGCACCUCGCCAACUAUAUUUCAUUAGUUCUGGACGCAUCCAUCGGCACCGACGAUCCAGAGGUUGAAUUUAUUGUACGCGGUGGCCAUAUUACCUGUGGAAGGCUAGUGGAAGAUGUUGACGUUGACGAGAAAGUUCGGGCUUCAGUUGAACCUCAGAAGAAGUCUGAGACCUUAGGAAUCGGGCCUCCUUUGGUGCUUUCCGUUGGUACGUCAGGGUUGCUUGAUACUCUUCAAUUUAUCGAGGAUCCCUCGUCAGGUGAAGAUUUAAUCCAUGGACAGCUAGAAGUUGAAGCGAAAGCUUGGGCGAUGAGUUUCCGAGACGUACUUGUUGCCCUAGGCCGUGUGAAAGGAACUGACUUAGGUUGGGAUGCCGCCGGGGUUGUGACGAGAGUGGGACCUGGCUGCAACCUGAGUCCUGGAGAUCGUGUCGGCCUUGGCGCACCCGGAUCGAUGCGUACACUCAUCAGGACAGAUGCUGAAUCUGUUUUCCGGAUACCUGAUACUAUGAGUUUUGAAGAAGCUGUGUCCUUUAUAAAUCCGGCAUGUACAGCAUAUCACUGCUUGAUCAACAUGGCCCGCCUGCAAAAGGGAGAGAAAAUCUUGAUUCAUUCUGCUGCUGGGGCCACAGGACAAAUGGCUAUUUGGAUUGCAAAAUACUGCGGCGCUGAGAUAUUCGCCACUGUCGGAUCCCAAUCCAAGAAACAGUUGCUGGUGGACAGGUUUGAUCUAGCCCCAACCCACAUAUUCCACAGUCGCGAUACUUCGUUCGCUCAAGGCAUCUCACGAUUGACUGACGGCUGCGGCGUCGACGUCAUUCUAAACUCACUAUCAGGAGAUGGCCUUCGAGCAUCGUGGGAGUCAAUCGCACCAUAUGGCCGCUUCAUCGAAAUCGGCAAAGCGGACAUAACGUCCAAUUCCUCUCUACCCAUGGCCAACUUCCAAAAGAACGUGAGCUUUUCUGCUGUCGAUUUGCAUCACAUGGCGCAGACCAGGCCAGCCCUUCUGUCUGACUUGAUGCACAAUGUUUUGGACUUGGUUGCCAGUAACAUCAUCAGAUAUCCCUAUCCGCUACACCUGUUUGGAACCUCAGAAGUUGAAAAUGCCUUCCGGGCUAUGCAGGGUGGAAUCAAUGCCGGGCGCAACAUUAUUCAGGUCAAGCCGUCAGAGAGCGUUCCGAAAUUCCUUCGAUAUAAGUCUGACUGGAGACUGAAUGCAAACGCUUCCUAUCUUAUUGCCGGUGGGCUUGGCGGUCUGGGCCGGGCAAUCUGCAAAUGGAUGGUCGACAAAGGAGCCAACCAUCUAAUUAUCCUAUCCAGGUCGGGAAUGAAAACCGUUGCAGGCAGUCAAGCAGUUGAACAGCUGCAAAGUCGAGGUGUGCAUGUGAAGGUGCUAACUUGUGAUGCUACAUCAUACGAGGCUCUCGUUUCGGCACUUAGUACCUGUGCUAGCUCAAUGCCUCCUAUAAAGGGUUGUAUCAAUGCCGCAAUGGCUUUACAGGAUGGCAUCUUCGAUACCCUACCACACUCACGAUGGGACUACACACUACGCUCGAAGCUAGAUACCUCUUGGAAUCUACAUCAAUUGCUUCCGAAAGGUCUGGACUUUUUUGUCUUGCUUUCCUCCCUUUCGGGGUUGUAUGGCACAGUUUCACUGUCCAACUAUGCCGCUGGAUGUACCUUCCAAGACGCUCUCGCGAGAUAUCGCAAUUCAAUUGGCGACACCGCCGUCUCGCUCGAUAUUGGCUGGAUGCGAACUAUCGGGAUCAUUGCCGAGACUGAGCUCUACCAGCGCAAUAGGGAGAAGGCGCGAGACAUGCGUCCCAUCGAGGAGGCCGAACUCCUUUCUCUGCUUGACUUGUGCUGCGAUCCCUCAAGUCCCUAUGGCCAGCCAGGAGCGGAUAGAAGUCAAGUUCUGAUUGGAGCCACGACGCCUGCAUUCUUUCUUCGGCGUGGAGAGACUCCGAUCGCUCAAGUUCAAAGCCGAAUGUUUUCUGGCUUUCUUAAUGUGAUGGAAGCCAAAACAACGUCUGGAUCUCGUAUUGCCAAUGAGCAUGUCGUUUUGUUCAGAGAAGCAAAGGAUCCAGAGGACCGGUUGAUGAUCGUAGUGAAUGCACUGGCGGGAAAACUGGCACGUGCCUUGUCCGUGGCUGCGGAGUACAUUGAAGCCGAGAAACCUCUUUCGCAUUACGGCGUGGACUCUUUGAUGGCUGUGGAGUUGCGCAAUUGGUUUAUCAAUGAUUUUGAUGCGAAAGUGGCAGUGUUUGAAAUCAUGGGGCACACGCCAAUCAUUGCGAUUAGCAAGUUGAUAGUGGAAAGAGCGAUACUAGACGUGUAG